UGGGCGGAGCGAAGCCUUUAUGGCGCACUAAUGCCGCUCAUUUAUUUCAAAACACCGUUUUUCUUUAAUGUAAGAGAUUCAUAACCGGCUGGCGCUCAGAUCAGGUGGCCGGACAGCGUUUCCUUUCUGCAGUUUUAAACGUUAAAGCUUGCCAGAUCAGACAGAAGGAACGAUGACUUCGGCAUCAACAAAGGUUGGUGAGAUCUUCUCUGCAGCAGGAGCUGCUUUUACUAAACUAGGGGAGCUCACCAUGCAGCUGCAUCCAGUGGCUGACUCUAGUCCAGCAGGAGCUAAGUGGACGGACACUGAGAUUGAGAUGCUCCGGUCGGCUGUUAGGCGCUUUGGUGACGACUUGAACGCGCUCAGCUCGGUCAUCAAGAAGCGCACAGUGGCACAGAUCAAGACCACAGUCAAGAGGAAGCUGUAUGAAGACAGUGGAGUUCCCUUGUCUUCUGAUUCACCAAAGAAAAGCACCAAAAAGCUACAAGUUGCUGUUGCUCCCCCUCCACCACCUACAGUCAUAGCUGUGCCAACUUCUCAGGUUGUAGUAACGACAAGCUUACAGGGAGCAUCCUCAGGCCCAGCCAGCAUUAAGAAGCCAAAGACAUCAGAGGUUACGCUUAGUGCUUUGAAUGACUCGGAUGUGAAUAGCGACCUGGUAGACAUAGAGGGACUUGGUGACAGCUCUGCAGCGAAAAAACUCAAUUUCGAUCAAGAAAGCCUAAAUCUUGACUCCAGUCUCAUCAUGAACUCCAGUGAUCUGCCUCUCCUAUCCCGCUGAACCUGGCUCACCUCUAAUAAAUAUCAGCCGGAAACAAAAGUAACUCGCAUCACUUCAGAAUGGACUGUUUCUACUGAAAGUACUCUGUAGCCCAAGGAACUGUCUCUUGGGCCUUCCACCUUUUCAUAGACUGAGCCUAAAUUCGAAUUCUAGUUUGGAUGCAAGGUCUAAUAUGUAAGCUAGAUGGAGGGCUCAAUUCAUAUUACAUUCUUCCCUUUGGUCUCAACUCCUUGGUUUCAAGUUUGCUGAAAUACAAAUAGGACAGUAAAAUGUCUAUGUACAGUUUUAUUACUAAACGAUAUGGCCAGAAGUGCUUCAGGAACCUCUUCUAUGCCAUUAUAUUUCAUAUGUGUAUUAUAAAUUCAUAUUAAAUGUUUUAUUUCCCCAUUAAUGCACUUUUUAUUGUAACAUUUGUUUCCAUCAGAACACUCUGUCCAUGAAAAGCUAUAUUUUGUAUUUUCCUUUUGUGUUAAGUGGGGCUUACAUAAGCUUAUUUAAUGCAAAUUUGUAAUCUUUUUUAAUUUGUAGGCAGAACGCAUGCAGAUUUGUUCCAUAAGAUGACAAGAGUACACUGUAACACUUUUGUUUGUUUUUUAAUAUUUGUAGUUUUAUAAAGGUGCUCAGUUUACAGGCUGUCAUCAGUG